GGUGGGGCCAGGGGCGACCGCGGGACCGCUCGCUCCCCUCUCCCGCCGCGCUCGGACUCCAGCUGUGCAAGGUCGCGGAGGAGGCUGGGCAGGCUUGAGUGGGAUACCGAGGCCCUCGAGCCUUCCACGUGCUGAAGCCUCUGUAACAGCCAUGGGCUACCAGGCGCAGGGGCCCGUCAUCCCUCCGCAGAGCAAUCUAGAUGACAGAGAAACCCUCCUUUCUGAACAUAAGCACAAGGGGAAAACUUACCGUCAGUUCACAGCUGUUUUUAAUGUUGUCAACUCGAUUAUAGGAUCUGGUAUAAUAGGAUUGCCUUAUUCAAUGAAGCAAGCUGGCUUUCCUCUGGGAAUAUUGCUUUUAUUUGGAGUUUCAUAUGUUACAGACUUUUCCCUUGUUUUAUUGAUAAAAGGAGGGGCCCUCUCUGGAACAGACACUUACCAAUCUUUGGUCAAUAAAACCUUUGGCUUUCCAGGAUACCUCCUCCUCUCUAUUCUUCAGUUUUUUUAUCCUUUUAUAGCUAUGAUAAGUUACAACAUAAUAACUGGAGAUACCUUGAGCAAAAUUUUCCAAAGAAUCCCAGGAGUUGACCCUGAAAACUUGCUUAUUGGUCGCCACUUCAUUAUUGUGCUUUCCACGGCUGCCUUUACCCUGCCUUUGUCCUUGUAUCGAGAUAUAGCGAAGCUUGGAAAGAUCUCUUUUCUUUCAACAGUUUUAACAACUCUGAUUCUUGGAAUUGUAAUAGCAAGGGUAGUCUCAUUGGGUCCAUACAUACCAAAAACAGAAGAUGCUUGGGUAUUUGCAAAGCCCAAUGCCAUUCAGGCUCUUGGUGUGAUGUCAUUUGCAUUUAUUUGCCACCAUAACUGCUUCUUAGUUUAUGGUUCUUUGGAAGACCCCACAGUAGCUAAGUGGUCCCGCAUCAUCCACGUGUCCACCUUGGCUUCUGUACUUAUCAGUACUCUCUUCGCUACAUGUGGAUACCUGACCUUUACUGGCUUCACCCAAGUACAAAGAGAAAAGAUGAAGCAGUUGGGGCCUGUGGCCAGAGGUGUGCUCUGUGCUGCUCCACUGAUUUUUAUCAUUCCAUCAGCAUGCUAUCUGAAACUAUCUGAAGAACCAAGGACACACUCAGAUAAGAUUAUGUCCUGUGUCAUGCUUCCUGUCGGUGUCAUGGUGAUGGUUGCUGGACUCGUCAUGGCCAUCGCAAAUCCUCAAGACUGCACCCAUGGGCAGGAAAUGUUCUACUGCUUUCCUGAAAAUCUCUCCCUCACAAACAUCUCAGUUUCUCAUCUUCAACUGACAACACGAUUUCCGGUUUUAAAUAGCAGUAUCUUUCAAUGAGUUGACAUAUUUUCAAAAGUACAUAUGUUUUCAGAGACUUCUAAACCACAUCACAUUCACACACGUUUUAGUCUGUAUAUUAUAAAAUUAUUAUUUCGGCAUUUAUCAGAUUUGGUUUUCUUUACU